CAGCCACCGCAAGUGGCAAGAGAGGCCAUAGAAUGGCCUGAGUAGCUGCAGACGCUUUUAAGAGGCUUUUCGUGCGGCGGGUGGGGGGCAAAGCUGAUUUUUUUUAUCCGCUUGCUGUCAAGGAGGUAUUUAUAACGCAGCCACCUGGCGAGAUGCACUGGACUACAACAACCAUUACCCUCAGUCUGCCUGAUUAUAGGAGAAGUGUAUCUCAGAUGCCAGUAGCAGAGGGGAAAAGUGUUCAGCAAACAGUUGAAAUCUUAACAAGAAAACUGGAGCUACUUGGAGCAGAAAAGCAAGGAACAUUUUGUGUAGAUUGUGAAACCUACCACACUGCAGCCUCCACAAUGGGCAGUCAAGGACAGGCUGCCAAACUGAUGUACGUGAUGCACAAUUCCGAAUAUCCCCUCAGCUGCUUUGCUCUCUUUGAAAAUGGUCCAUGCCUCAUAGCAGAUGCCAACUUCGACAUCCUUAUGGUGAAACUGAAAGGCUUCUUUCAAAACGCCAAAGGGAACAAAAUAGAGAGCCGAGGCACUCGGUACCAGUAUUGUGAUUUUUUGGUGAAGGUUGGCACAGUCACCAUGGGGCCCAGCGCCCGUGGAAUAUCUGUUGAGGUGGAAUAUUGUCCAUGUGUGGUAGCCACUGACUGUUGGAACCUUGUAAUGGAAUUCAUGCAGAGCUUUAUGGGAAACCAUGUCCCUGGAAUCCCUUCUGUGUUCAGUAACAAGCAUGACAGCAUCUACAGUCCAGCUGACACGAUAGUUCAAUACAUGGAACUUUUCAACAAAAUUCGCAAGCAGCAGCAGGUGCCCGUUGCAGGUAUCAGAUGAGGAAAGUUUCAGAAAAUGUUUUUCAAGUGAGCAACUACUUUGUUGAAUAGCAUGUUCCAACACAAUAUUCCAGAUGGCAGUUGUUACCCAUCAAAACUAUGUUGUAAAUGUGUUCUUGUUGAAGGAUGAAUGCCAUCUCAUAUCAGACUCUCAGGAAUGCGUGCCAUAGUUACUUCGCCUUCGUUUUAGAUUUAGGGAAGCUAGGAGUAAUUGAAACCAAUAUCUGUGCGGUUAUACAUAGGUUAAAUUUUAUGUUAAUGAAAGCAUGGAAUCUGGAUACUCUAAAUAUUUUAAUAUUACUUCUGUUGAAAUAAUUUUACCAGUAGUCCAUAGGUUAUGGAAGCAUUCCAAGAACCCUUGUAUAAGCUGAUUUUCAUAUGCAUCAGAUUGCAUACACCCAUGAAAAUGGCAGCUGAUUUUUGUGUAUGCACAAAACUGCAGCCAUAAUUCUUCUUCUUUCUUACAUAACAGUUACAAGUCAUGGCUUAUCUAAGGUAGGGAAUGCCUAUAUUUUCACAUAUUAUGGAUUCUGCAGAUGUUAUUUCUCUGAAGUUUUACUUGGCCAAAAAAUGUAACAUGUCUUUUUGAAUUAACAUAUACAAGAAAAUACCCUAAUUUAAAGUUCUUGGCCUCCUACAACCUUUAUGAAUCUGUGAGAGGGUUAUCAUAUUUGAGUGGUAGGAUACUAUCAUUGAAAUUGAAGGCUUUAAAUUUUGUACCUUCUGAUUUUGAAAGUAUAUGUCACAGAAGAGGGGAAAGUUCUGUGUAUUCAAAUUCAGUAAGAAUGAGACUUUGGCCAAAUUAUUAUAACUUAAAACAUUUGUCUAAGAUGAUGUCUAAAACUCUGCAAGGUAUAGAUAUGUAGGUUCUCAAAAUUAUUAAAGAAGUUGACUAUAAAAUACCUGUCACUGUAUUUUUCUGUCUAGUAGGGAUUGUUGUUUAGUUUGCAUUUUGCUCCUGCAAAACCUUUUUGUUAGUUUCCACAUGAAGAUCCUAAUCUUUCCAAAUUAAAAAGCUACAAAAAAGCUCUUUUCUGAUUUAUUUAGUCCAAAUCUUGGUAAGUAAUUACUUAACUGACUCUGUAACUGUCUCCUUACAGUAAUCUCUCCAUGUACUCUGCUCUGCUCGUAUAUUGAUUUUAUGCUAUUCUAUGCAAGAAAAACAGACUUUGGGUUUCAAUAAGAGAGCCUAAAUAAUAAUGAAAAAGAACAUGCUAAUGUUCAGUACUAGAAAUUCCCUUCCUUGUACAGAGAUAACCACAGCCUUAAAAAAAAAGUUGCUAAUAAUCACUUGGACCAAGGGGCUUAGGGAUGUUUUUGCUAAUGGGGGCGCUGGCCAGCAAUGAUACCUAGUAGUACAUCUUAAAGAUCAUUGAAAUGUAUCUGUUCUCUAACCCUAAUGUAGUCUAGGUAAUAGUAUGAUUAAAAGUUAUCUAAGUGUUUUUGUUCUCUUAACUCUAAUGUAGCAUGGGUAGUAGUAUCGUUUAAGAAAGAAGUUUUAGUUCACUGUUGCAGGAUAGAGGAAAAAAUCAGGCACUUCUGUAUUUGUAGAAUGGCUAAGGAUAUGGUUGAGCCAAGCUUCAGAAUAUAGUUUACCCUAGAGAUUACCUUAAAUCCAGCAUUGGGACUAUCACAUCAAUUCCACACACACCUAACAACUUAGUUGUGAAAAAAAUAUAUUCCAGUAACUGAUUCUUAUUCUUGUCCAUAUAAAGAUUCUGAUAUGAAUUUAAAUGCAAACUGAGCUUUCUGUUUCUUUGCUGUUUAAUUUACAGAACUAAGGGACAAAUAUAUUUGGAAAGAAAGAUUCAGUCUUUCUAUUCUAAACAAGUCAUAAACAUGUAAACUUCAUUAGGAUUUUAUAUAGAUAACUUUUUAUUCAACAUGCACCAACAUUAAUUAAAAUUAAAUCUGUUGGUAGUCAGAAUCUGUAUAUGUCAAAGUAGUGACUGUUAUUUUGUAAGUCUGAUUUUGGAUUGUAAUAACUUGUAUCUGUCUAUGUAUAAUAAGCGUUCUGCUGAAAGAGAAAGUAAACAUUUAUUUGAAGUUUUGGUUUUAUGCUCAAACACUGCAGCCGUUACUUAUAUUUGAUCUAUUAAUGUUCUUCUAUUGGAAAACAUUAAAACUAUAUGGAAGUAAAAAUUGUGAUCAAUAUUCAUUGGUUCAAAACAAAUUUUGCCUAAAUUAUUCAUGACAUAUGUUUUUUAUUGGUGAGCAACUGUCAUUGCUUAAGUCUGUAUAUCAAAAUGUUAAAGUACUUAGAAAUGCUUCUCAGUAUUUUUAACCUUGUUCAUUGGCUAUGAGCCCAGAAAGAUUUGACAAAUUGAUUCAUAAUAUGUGCAGAAAAUUGUCUGUACUGUAACUAAAUGAGUAAUUUUAACAUAAAAUUGAAUCUGAUCCAUGCACUAUAUCUAACUUUAAUAUGUUGUGACUUUUAUGGUUGCUGAUGAACUGCAGGGAAUAGACUGAAGGCUCAGGCCUUUGGGUUGUUGAUAUUGUGCCUUUAAAGGAGUUAAAUAUUUGUUCUAAAUGUGUUUACAUGGAAGUAAGACAUUAAAUGUCACAGAGUGAAGAAUGAGACUUAGGUUUACAUAGAGCUUGGUUUUUGUCUUUCCAGCCAGGCUGUCUUUGUAAAUAAAAGUCAUGCUCUUCAUAUUUAUCAUGACUUGGACUCUACCUUUGACAAUUCAGUAUGUAGAGGUAUCCAGAGUACUAUUUUAUUAGAUUGUUUUGGAUGGGUUUUAAGACAUGAGGAUGUAGACAAGCUUUGCUCAGCUACCUACCUAUUUGAUCCUUGGUCCUAAUGGCUUAUUAGAUCUAGUUAGAAGGGGGAGCUUAACUGGGUCAGGAGAUUUUUUUAAAAAUCCUUAUAAGAAGGAAUCAUUGCAUCAUCAUCAAAGACUGUAAUGUGAUGGGGGGAAUGGACCUAGAAACUUGUGGUCAGCAUUCCCUUUCUGGAUAAGGUGUUAAGCAAAUGGUGGCUGAUCAAAUCCAGACAAUCUUCGAUGAAAGAGGUUUAUUAUAUUUCAGUCAGAAUUCAGCCUGGCUUUAACCACUGAAAUUGCUCAGGUCACCAGCCUUCUCAGCAGUUUUCAGUACCGCCAGACCACAGUAUCCUUUUGGAAAGGUGUGAGUAGAACUAUUUUAGUUAAUUCUGCUCAUACUUACUGAUUGGGAAGGUGGCGUUCAAAUGCAGGGUUGUUUUAUCCCCCAUCUGUAUAACAUCUACAUCCAUGUUUCUCAAUUUUGUGGCAACUUCCAGAAGUGUGGACUUCUACUCUCAGAAUUCCCCAGCCAGCAUGGCCAUUGCAGAGAAUCCUAAGCUGAAAUUAGUGGUCACAUAUCUGACCAUGACUGGGAAAUACUUACCUAUAAAAUUGCUGGGCACAUUCCAAGAUUUAGAAUAAAAUGCCUUCAGUAUGCUGACGA